AUGUUUUCUUAUUGGAGUCAACGCAUUUUAUUUAUGUGCGUCGUGUUAUUAGUGGGCAGAUCAGUACAUAGUCAGGCGGCCAGUGGAGUCUCUGUGGUCCUAGUCCAGACCAAUAUCACAAGACUAACGGCGCGAACUAUACACGCAGCGGGAUACCACUUGCAUCAUGUUGAACACCUAUCAAUUAUCGACGCACCAAAGCUGGAGCACAUUGUUGUUGAAGAUCUGAGUAAGAUGCCUAAUCUGAAAUCGUUUUUUAUAACACAAGCGCCACGACUGCACAGACUAGCGCCGCUCCCGUCUCUGCCCGAGCUGCGCACAUUCAUCAUCACAACAUCGGGGCUGCUGGAAGUACCCAACCUCAGUCAUGUACAUGACCACAACAGAGUCAACAUGUCCGACCUAGAAGGCAAUCACAUCCAGCGCAUCCCGACCCACGCGCUCCGUGUACGCGCCGAUCAAGUUUCCUUAAACUACAACUUGAUAGAAGAGGUGCCCGCACAUGCUUUCAAGAACUCCCAGAUAUCUAAAUUGAGUUUCCGUGGCAACGCUAAACUAAAGCAGCUAGAUGACUUGGCCUUCGCAGGAAACCUUUUGCUACGUCAUCUAGACCUGAGUAACACAGCGAUCACCUCUCUACCAACAAAAGGCCUUGAAAAACUGGAGAUACUAAGAAUAGAGAAAACUCCAUCCCUGAAAUACAUUCCGUCUAUUUACGAAUUUCAGAAUUUGCAGAAAGCGUUCCUGACGCAUCACUUCCACUGCUGCGCGUUCGCGUUCCCCGAGCGGCACAACCCUAUGCGCCACGCAUUGUAUGAAACACAGAAGGCUAUGAUGGCACAGAGGUGCCAGCAUCUUUCAGCAUCGCAGAGGCGGAAACGAUCUCUGAAUUCAAACAGUGCAUUUAAAUUUGACGUCAGUAACGCGCAAGACCCCUUACCGGAGGAUUCAUCGGCAACAACCAGCGAGGAAUACGACCAGGUGACGGACGAUGAUUACUUCUCCGACUCGGGCAGCUUCGAGGACGACGAGCGGGGCGACUUUCACGAGCUGGUCAACAACACUAUCCCUAUCGGCGUCGCUUACUUUGCAUCAUGUGGAAACUUCAGUAUGAGUCGACGUAAAGUAGAGUGUACACCGUUACCGGACGCACUGAACCCGUGCGAAGACGUCAUGGGCUGGUUCUGGCUGCGAUCGAGCGUCUGGUUCGUCAUCGCGGCCGCUGUAGUCGGGAACAUCGCUGUCCUACUGGUCUUGCUCACCAACCAUUCGGAACUCACCGUACCCAGAUUCCUCAUGUGCCAUCUAGCCUUCUCCGACCUGUGCACGGGAUUAUACCUCUUCAUGUUAGCGGCUGUAGACCUAAGAUCGUAUGGAGAAUUUUUCAAUUACGCGUACAGUUGGCAGUACGGCACCGGUUGCAAGAUAGCCGGGUUCCUUUCGGUGUUUUCUGGGCAACUCUCCGUGUACACUUUAACGAUCGUGACGUUGGAACGCUGGUUUGCAAUAACAUACGCAAUUUACUUAGAGCGACGAAUUUCCUUGGGUGUUGCCGCGAAGAUCAUGAUUUGUGGGUGGAUCUUUUCCAUUUUAAUGGCUGGACUGCCUCUUGUCGGUGUCUCCGACUAUUCUUCUACUUCCAUAUGCUUACCAGUUGAGAGCGUGGGCGUCGGCGACGCAGUAUACCAGGGCUCCUUGUUCCUCACUAAUGCUGUAGCCUGGGUUACUAUCGUGGUGUGCUAUGUACAAAUAUACAGGUCUUUGGGUGGGGGAGGAGAAAGUUACGGUGGGAGGGGGGCGGCAGCCGCGGCAGAGCGCCGGAUAGCGAACAAAAUGGCGCUGUUAAUUGGCACUGACUUGCUCUGCUGGGCUCCAGUUGCCUUCUUCGGUGUUACAGCGCUAGCUGGAGUACCCUUAGUGGACGUAAGCCACGGAAAAGUUCUGUUGGUGUUCUUCUACCCAUUGAACGCCUGUGCAAAUCCAUUCCUGUACGCUAUUCUAACGAAGCAGUACCGACGGGAUUUCAUAACACUGAUAGCACGGACCGGGAAGUGCAACUGGUUGGUAGAGAAGUACAAGCUGGCGGCGACCCCGCCUCCCACGGCGCACACGAACCCCUCCGCCCCAGCGCCCCACGUCCCCCUGAUCGACUGUAACAAAUCGCAAUCGCAGGUCAGCAAAGAAAAUGGUGAAAUUUUGCUUUAA